UAAGGGAAACUCCCACACACUUCCUAAGGAAAAGUUCCCUGAACUGGAUGUCAAUCAUAGCUUUCACCAAACCCAAAAUAAGUCUUCAACCAUGUAUCGAAGCCAGAGUGAGAUUAGAACAGAGAAAGUGGAGGAGGUUCCCAAGUCUUGGAGCAGUAGGCUCAGCAUAGAUCUCAGUGAGAAGUCCUUUGGUUUUGGUUUUGGCUCUACACUUCAGAGAGCUAAGUCAGCUCUCGAGGUUGUUUGGAAGACUGGCACACCGGGUGCCCCUGCUCCUCCAGAAGAGCCCACCAACCCCUCUUCCUCAUUUAUGGGACGUUUCCGCACCAUGUCAACCUCUGGGGUAAAUAGCUCCGGCCCUGCAGUGGACACAGAUGUCAGCACAGAGCCUGUCUUCUCCAAUGCAGAAGAAGAGAAAAAAGCUGCAGUGCCAGAAUCUGUCGAACAACCUGUGGAUAAUGAAACCCACUAUGUUGAGGUGAUGGAGCAGGUACUAGCUAACUUGGAGAGCCGAACCAAUACCAGUGAGACAGAGGAGACAGAAGAGGCAGAUGAGGCUGCACAGGAGUGUGAGACUUCUCAGGACUAUGAUGUGUCCGAUGACAUUGAGGCCACACAAGACAAUGACGCCUCUCAGGAUUUUGAAGCCUCACAAGAUUUUGAAGCCACGGAAGACUAUGAGGCCCCUAAAGAGGCUUGUGUUCUUGAGUAUGAUUGCAGUUUGGAUGAGCAGUAUGAUGGGGAAUACAGUGAGGAAUAUGAAAACCAACUUACUGAAGACACUGCCGAAUUUGACGCAAUGGUUGAGUAUGUAGAUGUGGAGGAACCUGAUGAGACUGAGGACAAUGAUAUGACAGAGGAGAUGGAGGAGGCUGAUGAGGAGCUUGAGGAAGUUGCAGAGAUAGUUGAGGAGGCUACUGAGGUUCUGGAAAAAGAGAAACAACAGCAAGAGGAUGAAAACAAAAAUGUUGCAGAGGAGAAGCCCCCAGAGGCUCCACCCAAGAAACGUGUUAGACCCACAUUCAAGGAGGCAGCACUGAGGGCCUACAGGAAACAGAUGGCUGAACUGGAACAGCAGAUCCUGGCCGGGGACAGCAGUGCUUUGGAUACACAGCCUCGCAGUGUUUUGGAUCCCAAAUUGCUCGGCUUGCUGGAGACUGGAGGGGCUGGCAGUAUUCUUUAUGGUAUUGACAGCAUGCCAGAUUUACGCCGCAAGAGGACAGUGCCUCUUGUCCGAGACCUGACCCUCACUGCUCGAAAGGCAGGCAUCUCGUUCGCUCUGGUGAACCGGUCCACCCUGAAUAAUGAGGACCUGAAAUCGCACGUCUUCAAGAAGACUCUCCAGGCCUUGAUCUACCCAAUAUCAUCCACAACACCCCAUAACUUUGAGGUGUGGACGGCGACGGCUCCCACCUACUGCCAUGAGUGUGAGGGGCUGCUGUGGGGCAUCGCCCGCCAGGGAAUGCGUUGCUCUGAGUGUGGCGUCAAAUGCCACGAGAAGUGCCAGGACCUGCUUAAUGCAGAUUGUUUACAAAGGGCAGUGGAGAAGAGCUCCAAACAUGGGGCAGAGGACAAGACCCAAAAUAUCAUCAUGGCUAUGAAAGAGCGCAUGAAGAUAAGAGAGAAGAACAGUCCUGAAGUGUUCGAGGUGAUCCAGGAGAUGUUCCACGUCACCAAAGAAGAAUUCAACACUCAUCUGAAGACAGCUAAACAGGCUGUGCUGGAUGGGACCUCCAAGUGGUCUGCCAAAAUCAACAUCACAGUCAUGAGUGCACAGGGAUUACAGGCCAAGGAUAAAACCGGCUCCAGCGACCCUUAUGUCACUGUCCAGGUGGGCAAAACCAAACGCAGGACGAAGACCAUCUUCGGCAAUCUCAACCCCAUCUGGGAUGAGAAGUUCUUCUUCGAAUGUCACAACGCCACCGACCGCAUCAAGGUGCGCGUGUGGGAUGAAGAUGAUGACAUCAAGUCACGGGUGAAGCAGCAUUUCAAGCGUGAAUCAGACGAUUUCCUGGGUCAGACCAUCAUCGAGGUUCGCACUCUCAGCGGAGAGAUGGAUGUUUGGUACAAUCUAGAUAAAAGGACGGACAAGUCUGCCGUAUCGGGAGCCAUCAGACUCAAGAUCAGUGUGGAGAUGAAAGGAGAAGAGAACGUGGUUCCUCCUCACGGCCAAUACACCUGUUUACACGAGAACCUGUUCCACUACCUGACCGAGGUGAAGAACAGCGGCGUGGUGAAGAUCCCGAAGGUGAAAGGGGACGAAGCGUGGAAAGUCUACUUUGACGACGUGUCUCAGGAGAUAGUGGACGAGUUCGCCAUGAGAUACGGAGUGGAGUCCAUCUAUCAGGCUAUGACGCACUUUUCCUGUCUGUCCGCCAAAUACAUGUGUCCUGGUGUUCCGGCAGUGAUGAGCAACCUGCUUGCUAAUAUCAACGCAUACUUCGCCCACACCACCACCACCACCACAACCACCGCCUCCGCAUCUGACCGAUUUGCUGCCUCUAACUUCGGGAGGGAGAAAUUUGUCAAAUUGCUGGACCAGCUGCAUAACUCACUGAGGAUCGACCUCUCCAAAUAUCGGGAUAACUUCCCCGCAGGGAACCCAGAGCGUCUCCAAGAUCUGAAGUCCACUGUUGAUCUGUUGACCAGCAUCACCUUCUUCAGGAUGAAGGUACAAGAGCUCCAGAGUCCACCCAGAGCCAGUAUGGUUGUGAAGGACUGUGUCAAGGCGUGUCUGGACUCCACAUACAAGUACAUUUUUGACAACUGUCAUGAACUGUACAACCAGCUCCUUGACCAGAGCCGGAAGCAGGACAUCCCCCGGGAGGAGCAGGGUCCGUCGAUAAAGAACCUGGACUUCUGGCCAAAACUCAUCACUCUCAUGGUGUCUGUAAUCGAUGAGGACCGGACUGCUUACACCCCAGUCAUUAACCAGUUUCCACAGGAGCUGAAUGUGGGCAGGAUCAGCGCUGAGGUCACAUGGAACCUUUUCGCUCUGGAUAUGAAGUAUGCAAUGGAAGACCAUGACAAGCACCGCCUAUGCAAAAGCACUGAAUACAUGAAUCUUCACUUCAAAGUCAAAUGGUUCCAUAACGAGUACGUCCGUGACCUGCCAGCCUUCAAGGGUGUUCCGCCAGAAUAUUCUCUGUGGUUCGAGCCUUUUGUCAUUCAGUGGCUCGAUGAAAACGAGGACGUUGCGAUGGAUUUCCUCAAUGGAGCUCUGGAGAGGGACAAAAAAGACGGAUUCCAGCAGACCUCGGAGCACGCUCUCUUUUCCUGUUCAGUGGUGGAUGUGUUCACUCAACUAAACCAGAGUUUUGAGAUUAUCAAGAAGCUGGAGUGUCCCAACCCACAGGCUCUUGCUCACUUCAUGUGCCGCUUUGCGAAGACUAUCAACAAAGUUCUUUUGCAGUAUGCUGCAAUCAUAUCGAAGGACUUUCCUUUGCAUUUGAAUAAGGAGAAUGUGCCCUGUAUCAUCCUCAACAACAUUCAGCAACUCCGUGUCCAACUGGAGAAGAUGUUUGAGUCCAUGGGUGGCAAACAGCUGGAUGCAGAGGCCAGUGAUCUGCUAAAGGAGCUGCAGAAUAAACUCAACACAGUGCUGGAUGAACUCAGCGGAGUGUUUGGCUCCAGCUUCAAAGGUGUGAUCGAGGACUGUGUGAAGCAGAUGAACCAGGAGCUGGUUCAGAUGAAAGGCCCAGUCAAAGGGAGCAACGCCGCCAUGGACGCAGAGUCUGUUCUCAGGCCUCUCAUGGACCUUCUGGAUAAAAAUUUGAUGUUAUUUGCCAAGAUUUGUGAGAAGACUGUUCUGAAACGAGUCCUCAAAGAGCUUUGGAAAAUCGUGCUCAAUACCAUCGAGAGGACAAUUGUUCUGCCUCCACUGAAUGACCAGAGCCAAGGAGCUCAGAUGAUCUUCAACGCUGCCAAGGACCUAGGACAGCUGUCCAAACUCAAGGAGCAUGUGACUCGAGAAGAAGCGAGAAGUCUGACUCCACGGCAGUGUGCAGCCAUGGACCUCGUGCUUCCCACCAUCAAGCAAUACUUCCAUGCUGGAGGAAACGGGCUGAAGAAAACCUUCCUGGAGAAGAGCCCUGACAUGAAGUCCCUCAAAUAUGCUCUCAGCCUUUACACUCAGCCUACAGAUGCCUUGAUCAAGAAAUAUAUAUGCACCCAAACCUCUCAAGGUCAGUCAUCCAACGGGUCGGUGGGGGAGGUGUCGAUGCAAGUGAAUCUCAUCUCUCACCCUGGCACCGGAGAGCACAAAGUCAGCGCGAAGGUGGUCGCAGUGAACAACCUCACCUGGCAGACCAACGCCAUGUUCCGGCCGUUCGUUGAGGUCAACGCCGUGGGACCCCACCUGGCUGACAAGAAACGCAAAUUCAGCACCAAGACCAAGAACAACAACUGGUCACCAAAGUACAACGAAACAUUCCAAUAUGUUCUCAGUAACGAACACGGUCCGGAGUGCUACGAGCUGCACAUCUCGGUAAAGGACUACUGCUUUGCCAGGGAGGACCGCAUCAUCGGCAUGACAGUCAUCCAGCUCAGAGAGCUGGCAGACACAGGCAGCUGCUCAGCAUGCUACCCCCUGAUGAGGAGCAUCACCAUGGACGAAACUGGCCUCACCAUCAUGAGGAUACUCUCUCAAAGGACCCACGAUGAGGUGGCCAAAGAGUUUGUGCGUCUUAAGACGGACACACGCUCGGCGGAGGAGGUGUCGUAAUGUGGAGCAAACAUGCAGUACUAAAACAGUUGUGUUGUCUUAAGUGAGAUAAAAAAAAAGAGCAGAAGCAACAGUUGUUCUUACUGGAUAGAAGCUGAGAAAGAGAUUGUCCAAAGAGAAGCGGAGGAGGCCAACAUGUGGCAAAGCAGCAAGCGAGACAGUGAGCACGAGCGAGCGAGAGAGAGAGAGAGAGAGAGAGAGAGAGUUGUGUUUGUUUGUUUGUUUUUGUGCAUGUGCGUAAAACAUCUGUUGGAAUGUUCAUUUUAAAACUACAGUAUGUACAAGUGUUUACUUACCGUAUGCUUACUAUUAAGUAAUAUAUUCUACAGGUUAUGUUAAGGGGACAUGAAAUACCUUUUGUACAACAUUUAGUCUUUUUGAACAGAGAUUUGUUCCAAUAAAGUGCCAAACCAGUGAAAAAAAGAACAAAACCAACGUAUAUGGAUUAUGGUGAACUUAGUAUGUUUGAAAUUUGCUCGAUUAUUUUGUCCGGUGUAAGUCAUUUUCUGACCGUGUGGCGUUUUGAUUGUUGCAAAGUCUUUCAUUUUGCACCCUCGUUUUUUGGCUUCACGUUCUUCCACACAGCACUGUUGUGCAUGUCCUCUUCUCGGUCAUGUCUCUCCCAUGAUUCCACAGUGACCACUGAGCAGGGUCCUGUCCCCUUGCCUUCAAACUGUUUGUAUUUUAAGUCAACCUGAAAAUAGACCAUGUUUUUUUAAAUGGCGAUGACUGCUAUGUAAACCUUCAUAGGUGUUUGUAAUUUUAUAACCAUGACAACAAUGACGACAGCCUCCAGUGCUAACAGUCUUAGCAGAAAGGAUGGAAAUGUUUUCUUUUUCUUUUGGCAUUUUGUUCUUUUCUUUUCAGCCAUCAGCUUCCAGCCUUUCUGAAUGACCACUGUGAACAUGAGCUUUGGAAGGCAAGCUUACAUGACAUUGCUUACGGUUUGAUAUUAUUGUUUCAUAUUUUCCGAUAACUUUGUUCCUGAUAAACUGCCAAAGUUAUAUAAAAUAUUUGUACAAAAGCAAUCCAUUACAUGUAUGAAGAUGUAUAUGUACAUGUGAUUAAUUACUUUUUCAAUGCUAAAUAUUGAAUUAUUGAUAGGGUGGUACUAAGAUUUUAUUUUUUUUAUUUCCUGUCAAGCUGUUAACGAUAUGAAAGUUGCACAUGUUACUUUACACACAUCGGUUAGAUCAGCUCAUUGGAAUUAUUUUUCUUCAUAAAGGAAAGAGUCUAACAUUUGGUAAAUAUGCAACAUUCCUAUGUAUUGCACUGAUGGCGAAUUGUAUGUCAUGUAAAUAUAUUUAGUGAGAUAUUGUACAAAAGUCUACUUUUCUUCAAUGUGCAUAAAGUAUGUGCAAAUGUG